AUGGCAGGUCCCAAUGUCUCACUCAGCACAGGGGCAACCAUCUCCCCAAAUCAUACAGAUGUCACCUACCCGUCUUGGUUGCUGAGCAGAACAAUACCUGAAAGAAACGGCAGCAUCCAGGUGAAUGGGAGUACUGUGGAAGGGUGCACUGAAAUCUUGAUUCCUAUGGAGGUCUACCUCAUUCUUGCAGGUGUCAGUUUGCUGGAAAAUCUGCUGGUGAUCGUUGCAGUGAUCAAAAACAGGAAUCUACAUUCCCCGAUGUACUUCUUCAUCUGCAGUCUAGCCGUUUCAGACAUCCUGCUGAGCUUGACCAAGGCAUGGGAAGCAAUUACAAUAAAUAUAACAUCUGGAAAGGAACAUCAGUUCACUCCUACCCUGAUAAAGAGAUUGGAUGAUAUGUAUGACUCAUUGUUGUGCAUUUCUUUCACAGCUUCCAUCUUCAACUUGGCAGCAAUCACAACUGACAGAUACAUCACUAUUUUCCAUGCUUUGCGCUACUACAACAUUAUGACAAGAAAGCGAGUAGCAGUCAUCAUUGCAGCAAUAUGGAUCUUUUGUACUUUUACUGGUAUCAUCAUGAUCUCUUUCGCUAAGUAUGAAGGCAUUGUUAGCUUCUUUUUUAUAUUGUUCUUCAUAACACUGGUUCUCAUCAUAUCCCUUUAUAUAUUCAUAUUCCUAUUGGCUCAAAUGCACGCCAAACAGAUUCGAUCACUUCCAGGUUACGGAGCCCAUCAACGAACCAGUUUUAAAGGAGCUCUCACACUAACGAUCCUCCUCGGGAUAUUCAUUGCCUGUUGGGCCCCAUUUUCCCUCCACCUCACCCUCUAUUUGUUCUGCCCUUCAAACCCAUACUGUGCAUGUUUCAUAUGCCUCUUUCAGGUGGAUCUCGUCUUCAUCAUGUGCCACUCAAUUAUUGACCCUCUUAUUUAUGCAUUCCGAAACCCUGAAUUAUGCAAUGCUUUCAAGAAAAUGUUGCAUUGUUACAGCCUGAAGCAGAAAUGCAAUUCAGUGCUGACUCCUGGUUUCUAUUUGCUACAGGAAAAUCCCAGGUUAAAAACAAAGCCAGCGGUGUUUUCUUCGUUUUGCUGGGUUAAAAUCCUGGACCUACUUCCUAAACAGUACAGUGGCUGUCCCUACACUACAUGGAGUGCAGCCAUUAAAGAAAACAGCUUAACAUUACCUCCUUGA